AGAGACAUUUCAGUUCCAGACGCAGUUUGAGAGCUGGCCCCCUGGAGGCAGGAAGGUGUGCGGAGACUUGUGAAAACACAGCCAGUCUACUGCUGAGGAGAACCAGGGUAAAUUCCUUUAGGUGGGUCUUAAUUAGGCACCAGCCUUUAGAGAGUUUGCACGGAGCCAUAUUGGAAAACUCUCCAGUAAGUAUGGCCACGGACCAGACGUUUUCAGAGGAUCGUGAGAAAGCCCAAGGAGCCCCCGCUGGAGGGCAAGACAGCAGCCGCGAGAGGUGGCACGUGAGCUUCCGGGCGUUUACCAGCUCGGGGAGGUCGGACCCCGUGGAGGACCUGAGGAGGCUCGGAGAGCUCUGCCAGCUGUGGCUGCGGCCAGACCUGCACACCAAGGAGCAGAUUCUGGAUGCGCUGGUGAUGGAGCAGUUCCUGAUCUCCAUGCCGCAGGAGCUCCAGGCCCUAGUCAAGGAGAGUGGCGUGCAGAGCUGCAGAGAACUGCGGGGCCUGCUGCGGAGCAGCCACACCCCCAAGAAAUGGACCAUAGUCAAUAUACAAGGACAGGAAUUUCUUGUGCAAAGUUCAGAUGUUCAGAAGGCCGACGCUGAGCCUGGGGAUGCAGAUCUUGUGACAGGCUUGUCCAAGAAGCCCCAGUCCUCUGGGAGUGAGAUACAUCCAGAGAACAGCCAGGUCAGCAGAGAGCUCCAGAAUCUGCCAGGAGUCAGUGAACCCUCAAGGGAGCAGGGACAGAACGCUCUCCUGCCCGAGACCAUUCCCGGAGAAGGUGUAGUGGUGGGUCUGAGGCUCAAGGAGAACGUGGAAAAUCUGACGGAAGACCUGGAAGAGACAAGAAUACUUAAAUCCCAAAAGCCUCCCCUUCUGAAGCAUCCUGCUUCAGUGAGGACAGAGGGUGGGAAGACUCGCCAAGAAAGAACCUACAUUAAAAGUGUGGAUGCGGACACAUCUUCCAGGCGUUUUUCAGAGAGACAAGUUUCCGCUCAGAGUGGAAAGAGAAGAGAGUCCCAGAAGACUCAAAGUCCCAAAAGGAGAAAACAGGAAGCCACCUCCAUUUCCCAAGAUGCAGCCACACAGCUUGACAAGGAAUUCUCAGCACAGCCUGUGUCGACAUCAGUUCGUCCUGUGGGGGAAAACGCCACGGGAAGGACACCAAAUGUAUGCAGCCUGUGCGAGAAGGUGUUUCGUUAUAAAUCUCAGUUUUCCAUCCACUGGAGGACGCACACGGGAGAGAGACCCUUUAAAUGCAGCAUCUGCUCCGGGAGUUUCAUGCAGACUUCGGAUCUCCGGGUUCACCAGAGAAUCCACACAGGCGAGAAGCCCUACUCCUGCGAGAUCUGCCUCAAGACGUUCACCCACGACUCCACCCUGCGGAGCCACAAGAGGGUCCACACCAAUGAGAAGCCCUACGCGUGCGAAGAGUGUGGGAAGGCCUUCAGCCACAAGGGGAACCUCAACGUCCACCGGCGCACCCAUUCUGGGGCAAAGCCCUAUGUGUGUAGCGAGUGUAGCCAUGCCUUUCGCCAGCUGGGAACUUUUAAACGCCACCAAAAAAUACAUUCGAAAGUGACUUCCCAAAGAUUUUGUUAUCAGAGCCAAGUCCCUUCUUAAGGAAGUUAAUGGCGAUUUAUCACCUAUUUUAAUAAAAAUGACAUAUCAUAAGCACUUACAAGGUUUCUGGAACACAGUAGAUGUUCCAUCAAUGUUUGUGGAGGAUCUUGGAAUGAUGACAUCUUUAUUGGAUUUCAUUUUCUGUUUUAAUUAUGUCACAUUGUUUUCCUUAUAAGGCUUUUUGGUUUAUGAAAGUAAGUCUUAUUGUCAAUAUUUCCUUAUUAAA